GGAGGAGCUGCUGGGCGGCGGCGGCCGCGGCGGGUUCGGAGCUUCCCAGUGGGAGCGGCGUAGGCGCAGGGUUAUUCGCCAGCGCGAACCUGGACAUGGAGCCGCCUGGUGGGGGCAUGGGGCCCAGCCGCGGGACUCGGGACAAGAAAAAGGGCCGGAGUCCGGACGAGCUGCCUUCGGCGGGAGGUGACGGCGGCAAAUCCAAGAAAUUUACUCUGAAGCGGCUCAUGGCAGAUGAGCUGGAAAGAUUUACCAGUAUAAGAGGGAAAAAGGAGAAGGAAAAACCUAAUGCUGCUCACAGAAAUUCUUCGUCAUAUGGAGAUGAUACCACAGCACAGUCACUGCAGGAUGUUUCAGAUGAGCAGGUUCUAGUUCUCUUUGAACAGAUGCUGCUGGAUAUGAACCUGAAUGAGGAGAAACAACAACCUUUGAGAGAGAAGGACAUUAUCAUCAAGAGGGAAAUGGUGUCUCAAUACUUACACACCUCCAAGGCUGGCAUGAGCCAAAAGGAGAGCUCUCGAUCUCCCAUGAUGUACAUCCAGGAGUUGCGUUCAGGCCUGCGGGAUUUGCCCCUGCUGAACUGCCUGGAGUCCCUUCGGGUGUCUCUCAACAACAACCCUGUUAGCUGGGUACAAACAUUUGGUGCUGAAGGCCUGGCCUCUUUAUUGGACAUCCUUAAGCGACUCCAAGAUGAGAAAGAGGAGGCUACUGGAAGCUAUGAUAGCCGAAACCAGCAUGAGAUCAUCCGUUGCCUGAAAGCUUUUAUGAACAACAAGUUUGGAAUCAAGACCAUGCUGGAAGCAGAAGAAGGAAUUCUGUUGCUGGUCAGAGCCAUGGAUCCUGCUGUCCCCAAUAUGAUGAUUGAUGCAGCCAAGCUGCUUUCUGCUCUUUGUAUUCUACCACAGCCAGAAGACAUGAAUGAAAGGGUCUUGGAAGCAAUGACAGAGAGAGCAGAGAUGGAUGAGGUGGAACGUUUCCAGCCACUGCUAGAUGGAUUAAAAAGUGGGACCUCCAUUGCACUCAAGGUGGGAUGCCUACAGCUGAUCAAUGCUCUUAUCACACCCGCUGAAGAACUUGACUUCCGUGUUCACAUCCGAAGUGAAUUAAUGCGCUUAGGGCUGCAUAAAGUGUUGCAGAAUCUCCGAGAGAUUGAAAAUGAUGAAAUGAGAGUGCAAGUAAAUGUGUUUGAUGAACAAGGAGAAGAAGAUUCCUAUGACCUGAAGGGACGACUAGAUGACAUUCGAAUGGAGAUGGAUGACUUCAGUGAAGUCUUCCAGAUUCUCUUAAACACUGUAAAAGAUUCAAAGGCAGAGCCACACUUCUUGUCCAUCCUGCAGCACCUACUCCUGGUUCGAAAUGACUAUGAGGCCAGACCACAGUAUUAUAAGUUGAUUGAAGAAUGUAUUUCUCAGAUAGUUCUGCACAAGAAUGGUGCUGAUCCUGACUUCAAGUGUCGGCACCUCCAUAUUGAUAUUGAGGGAUUAAUUGAUCAGAUGAUUGAUAAAACGAAAGUGGAAAAAUCUGAAACCAAAGCUACAGAGCUAGAAAAAAAGCUGGACUCAGAGUUAACAUCCCGACAUGAGCUACAGGUGGAAAUGAAAAAGAUGGAAAGUGACUUUGAGCAGAAGCUUCAGGGUCUUCAGGGAGAAAAGGAUGCACUGGACUCUGAAAAACAACAGAUAACCACAGAGAAACAGAACCUGGAAGCUGAAGUGUCUCAGCUCACAGGAGAGGUUGCCAAGCUGUCCAAGGAACUAGAAGAUGCCAAGAAAGAAGUGGCUUCUCUCUCCGCCGCAGCUGCUGCUGUUCCUGCUGCUGCUCCUGCCCCUGUUUUACCUGGUGCCUCUGAUUCUGUUCUUUCACCUCCGCUACCUCCUCCACCCCUUCUUUUACCUGGGUCCAUCCCCCAACCCCCACCUUUGCCUGGAGGUUCUGCCAUCCCCCCAGCUCCCCCUUUGCCUGGAGGUUCUGCCAUCCCCCCAGCUCCCCCUUUGCCUGGAGGUUCUGUCAUCCCCCCAGCUCCCCCUUUGCCUGGAGGUUCUGUCAUCCCCCCAGCUCCCCCUUUGCCUGGAGGUUCUGCCAUCCCCCCAGCUCCCCCUUUGCCUGGAGGUUCUGCCAUCCCCCAAGCUCCCCCUUUGCCUGGAGGUUCUGUCAUCCCCCCACCCCCACCUUUGCCUGGAGGUUCUGCCAUCCCCCCACCCCCUCCUUUGCCUGGAGGUUCUAGUAUCCCUCCACCACCUCCUUUGCCUGGGAUGCCAGGCAUGCCCCCUCCUCCUCCCCCUCUUCCUGGUGGUCCUGGAAUUCCUCCUCCACCUCCAUUUCCUGGAGGACCUGGCAUUCCUCCCCCUCCACCUGGUAUGGGUAUGCCUCCACCUCCACCUUUUGGAUUUGGAGUUCCUGCAGCCCCAGUUCUACCAUUUGGAUUAGCCCCAAAGAAACUUUAUAAACCAGAGGUGCAGCUCAGGAGGCCAAACUGGUCCAAGUUUGUUGCAGAGGAUCUUUCUCAGAACUGCUUUUGGACAAAAGUGAAGGAGGACCGCUUUGAGAACAAUGAACUUUUUGCCAAACUCACCCAUACUUUCUCUGCCCAGACCAAGACUUCAAAAGCCAAGAAGGAUCAGGAAGGUGGAGAAGAAAAGAAAUCUGUACAAAAGAAAAAAGUAAAAGAGCUAAAGGUGUUGGAUUCCAAGACAUCCCAGAAUCUCUCAAUCUUCCUGGGUUCCUUCCGCAUGCCCUACCAAGAGAUUAAGAAUGUUGUCCUGGAAGUGAAUGAGGCUGUCCUGACUGAAUCUAUGGUCCAGAAUCUCAUUAAACAGAUGCCAGAGCCAGAGCAGUUAAAAAUGCUUUCAGAACUGAAGGAUGAGUAUGAUGACCUGGCUGAGUCGGAGCAGUUCGGUGUAGUGAUGGGCACUGUGCCUCAGCUGCGGCCUCGCCUCAGCGCCAUCCUCUUCAAGCUCCAGUUCAGUGAGCAGGUGGAGAAUAUCAAGCCAGAGAUAGUUUCUGUGACUGCUGCAUGUGAGGAGCUGCGGAAGAGCGAGAGCUUCUCUAGCCUCCUAGAAAUUACCUUGCUGGUCGGCAACUAUAUGAAUGCUGGCUCCAGAAAUGCUGGUGCUUUUGGCUUCAACAUCAGCUUCCUCUGUAAGCUUCGAGACACCAAGUCCACAGAUCAGAAAAUGACAUUGUUGCACUUCUUGGCCGAGUUAUGUGAAUCUGACUAUCCUGAUGUCCUCAAGUUUCCAGAUGAACUUGCCCACGUGGAAAAAGCCAGCCGAGUUUCUGCUGAAAACUUGCAAAAGAAUCUAGAUCAAAUGAAGAAGCAGAUUUGUGACGUGGAACGUGAUGUUCAGAAGUUCCCAGCUGCCACAGAUGAGAAAGACAAGUUUGUUGAAAAAAUGACUAGCUUUGUGAAGGACGCACAGGAACAGUAUAACAAGCUGCGGAUGAUGCACUCCAACAUGGAGGCCCUCUAUAAGGAGCUGGGCGAGUACUUCCUCUUUGACCCUAAGAAGUUGUCUGUAGAAGAAUUCUUCAUGGACCUGCACAACUUUAAGAACAUGUUUGUGCAAGCAGUCAAGGAGAAUCAGAAGAGGCGGGAGACGGAAGAAAAGAUGCGCAGAGCAAAACUCGCCAAGGAGAAGGCAGAGAAGGAACGGCUAGAGAAGCAGCAGAAGAGAGAGCAGCUCAUAGACAUGAAUGCAGAGGGCGAUGAGACAGGUGUGAUGGACAGUCUUCUAGAAGCCCUGCAAUCAGGUGCAGCAUUCCGACGGAAGAGAGGACCUCGACAGGGCAACAGGAAGGCCGGGUGUGCUGUCACAUCUCUGCUGGCCUCUGAACUGACCAAGGAUGAUGCAAUGACUGCUAUUCCUGCCAAGGUGUCCAGAAACUCUGAAGCUGUCCCCACAAUCCUUGAGGAAACCAAGGAGUUGAUUGGCCGUGCAAGCUAAGCUGGGUCCUUGGAGGCUCCUCUGGAGCCAUAGACUGCCCUGCCCUGCCCUGCCCUGCCCUGCCCUGCCCUCCCCUGCCCUGCAGCAUGUGCCUAAAGGGUCACAGAGAAUUCUCUGGGUGGUUGCUCCCAUCACCCUGAUCCUGUCUUUCUCUCUGGCCUGCUAUUCUGUCAACAUCAUAUACAGCUUCAGCUGCCCGGAGGCCAAAAGGAAUGGGGCAGUAUGGGGAAGGCCUGAGCCCACCCCAGCCAGCCCUGGCUGUUGUAUUACCAAAGCAGGCUCAGUGUUUGCUGCCUUAACCUCAAGUGUCUCCUCUGUUACUCUGAGGCCUUGUCAAGGCCUGCCUGCUUUUUUAGCUCCUGACUUUCCAGUGGGCUUGCCCCUAGGUCAAUCUUACGGGGUUUGUGCUUUUCUUUUGUGGUUUCUCUGGCCCUGAGAACAGCAUGGGGCUGUGGACCUUCGGGCACUCUCUUUUCAUUGCUAUCAUCUCUGCUCUGCUCUCCCCCUUCCUGGUUAUUUAUUACUAGUGGAUGGUAUUGGGAGCUGCUUCUAAGAAAGUGGGGAGCAAAUCCCACCCUUACCCCAUGAUCCCCACUUUCCUGAGAAAGACCUCCCAAAACACAAAGGAUUUGGGCACUUGUUCUGUGGUGGCCUAGGCCAGAACCCAUGGGUAGGCAUUGUGGGGCCCACCCCCAGCCUGCUGCCAUGCUUUAUGCCCUUGCCUCCCUGGACUCACCACCAGCCCCCAGGCUACCGAGCCACAAGUGGUCAUCUUCACGCCCUCUCCAGAGCUUUGGUGCAUCUCAUCUGGAGUACAGGCUGCAUUGUGACCAUCCUAGCACCUCACCCUCUGUUUCCAAGGAAAUGGGAGGUGGAGCCUCUUGGCUGAGAAAUUGUUUUGCAAAUGGAUCUAUUUUUGUAUGAAUUUUUUUUUUUUAAAAGAAAAUCAUCCUUCUUCCCUUUCCAUAAUGAAAGAGGCUUAAUGCAGAGUUCAGAGCCCCUGAGAUUUCUCUCCCCACCCCCAGCCCAGACCUCAAUCCUGAACAAGUCCUGGACCUUCACCUCAGCUCCCAAGCCUUCUGGCCCCUUGAAGCCAAUAUAGAUUUUUCUGUCUCCCAGCACCCAGCUUGGGGACUAGAGGAACCUCUUGACCUUGACUAGGCCUGAGAAUAGUGGGAACUCUUGAGAUUUUUAUGAAUUUAAUAUAUUUAUCGAGCCAAAUGUGCAAAUGCUAACUGGGCCCUGAGGAAGUGGGCACAGGACAUAUGUCCCACUCGUACCCCCCCUUCUAAACAGUGGACAGGCCAAAUUCCUCAUGGCCCCAGCCACAAGAAGCUUAGUUUCUCUGGCUCAAGGUGACACUUGAGCCCUCGUUGGCACCUCUCAGCUCCCCGCACCUAGUUAGGGACAGAGAAUGGCACUGUUAGGACUGGGCCCAGACUUAGGCUUGUUAGAGCAGAAGAGAUGGACUCCAGUGGGCCCUGAGACCAGAAGGGAGGGCUCUUGUUGCUAGAGCUUGUGUGUACAGGGGCAAGAGCAGCUCCUGUGAGCCAGUCCCUGGAGGGCUGUGGUGCAGGGGACCUCUGCUGCCCUGGCUCCCUCCUCUUCUCUGCUGACAUCUUGGGACUUUGACACUUUUUUUUUUAAUCUACUUUUGCUAAAAAUGCAUUUAAUAAUAAAAAGGGGAGACAAAAUGCACACCUAUUUCCCUCGCCUCUUUGGCUUCUGGGAUGUCAUCACCUCCAGUUUAUUGGGUUUAUUUCCAACUGUUAAUAAAGCAUUGAAACAGUACUGCA